GCUCCAACUUUUGAGACUGUGAGCAACAUUCAAGCUCGAUGAAGUUAUCUCGUUGCAUUUAAGAUUUUCAUGCGAUGGAAAACAUAUCUGAGAACCUGUCAACUCGCCUGCCUUCGAAUUCAGCACACUCCUCUCUUCUCCAUUUAUAGUCGCCACUGCCACGACAUUAUAGACCUGAUCAAUCCAGGUACUGACUAACAUUAGAUAGGGCCAGAGUCCAUCAUGGCUGUUGGCGAUGGCGAUCCUGAGCUCCAGAAACUAGCCUCCAACAACCCGGCAAUGACCAUACCAGCUACAGUCGAUUCACAACCUGAGUUUCAGCAGCUACGAUCCCGCCUGGCUCCCAGCGACGCCAGCGACACGACCAGUACACAACCUCCCCAGGACAUGGCGGGCGACAUGGCGGGCGACAUGGGAAACGGACCGCUGAAUACAAUUUCCUCCACCAUUUCACAACCGACCAAAUACGAUCGAGGCUGGCGACGCGUCGUUCGCAACUUUUCUCCAUCAUGGUUCAGCGUCACCAUGGGCACUGGUGUCGUCUCCAUCCUCCUCAUCACUAUUCCCUUCAAAGCAACCUGGCUCUACUGGCUCUCCGUUAUCUUCUUCAUCCUCAACACUGUUCUUUUCUCUCUCGCCUUUCUCGCCUCCUUCCUCCGCUAUACUCUUUACCCAGAGAUCUGGUAUGUCAUGAUCGCCGACGGCACCAAUUCUUUGUUUCUCGCCACCAUUCCUAUGGGCUUUGCCACAUUGAUCAAUGCGUGGAUCUUCUUGUGUUGCCCAUAUUGGGGAUAUUGGAGUGUGACAUUUGCAUGGGUUUGCUGGAUGAUUGAUGCCAUUGUUGCUGCUGCGGUGACAGUUAGCUUACCAUUCCUGUUGAUGAGGCAAAGGGAACGCCAUGAUCUGGAUAGGAUUACAGCGGCUCAAUUACUCCCAAUUGCUGCCACAAUCGUUGCUAGUGCUGUCGGAGCCGAGACCGCCCGGGUUCUCACCCACAGUCCACAAGCCGCGCUCGGUACCCUUCUGACAUCGUACGUCAUGUGGGGCAUGGCCACGCCAUUUGCUCUCACAAUCCUCGUCAUAUACUACCAACGCCUAGCACUACAUAAGCUGCCGCCUCGCGAAGUCGUCGUCAGUUCAUUCCUCCCGCUGGGUCCGCUCGGCAUGGGCGGCAAUGCCAUCAUGCACCUAGGCAAGGUUGCGCGUGAUCUAUUUCUCCGAGUCGGGUUCCUCCACAACCUCAGCAUGGCCGGCGAUAUCGUCUAUGUCAUGGGCAUUUUUGUCGCGUUGAUCAUGUGGGGGUUUGGGCUGUGCUGGUUGGUUUUCGCUCUAGCCACCAUCUACCAGACACGGCCUUUUCCUUUCAAUAUGGGAUGGUGGGGUUUCACAUUUCCUCUCGGCGUAUAUGCGGUGAGCACCAUAACAUUUGGUGUCGAAAUGCCGAGCUUGUUCUUUCGAGUUCUGGGGACCAUUUUUGCGGUUGCGGUGAUUUUGCUUUGGUGCGUGGUGGCUUUCGGCACCGCCAAGGGGGCUUGGAGUGGCAAGCUGUUUUAUGCGCCAUGUCUGAAAAAUCUGAAAAAGGAGGACCAAAAGCCACAGAAUCACAGUCGUAGUCAAGCAGAAAAACGCGAGGAUUCGUCUGUCUAGCACAUGGCAUCCCGUAACAGUUGAAUCACAGACCUAUUCACAAAUGUACAAAUCAUGUUUGGUUUA